AUGGCUAGGAAGUGGAAGAAACUUGCUGCCAUAGGGAGGAAAAGAAUUUAUUUUACCAGGAGCAAUGCAGAAGGUUGCAAUUCACUGACUUUGGCUGAUGAAGGUUGUUUUGUUAUCUACAGCAUCGAUAGGAGGCACUUUAUGAUACCCUUGGUGUACCUCAGCAGUCAUAUUUUCCAGAAGCUUCUCGAGAUGUCCGAAGAAGAGUACGGACUAUCUAGGUCUGGGCCAAUUGUAAUGCCUUGCGAUUCAGUCCUCUUGGAAAACAUACUCACGCUCAUCGAACGAGGUGUAUCUAACAGUUCAGAGAAAACCCUGCUUGAUGCCUUGUCUUCGUCCUGCAAUAUCCAACAGUCGGCUGUUCCUCUUUGCUGA